CCGGAAAGGACGCGUACUCGACUCUCCGUUCGAUCGGCGCGCACGUGCGUGACAAGGAAUACUGAUUCGAAAAACCGAACAAGUGGUUCCCGCCCUCUCGGAACGCGAGCACCCUAGAAUCUCCUAUCGACGCACAUCUGUCAGAUCUGGAUUCUAUUCUGAAUUAAGAACGAGUGCAUCGGAUUUGUUCUCGGGAAAGAAGUCGAGGGAUUCCUUCGUUUUUAUUAUUAAUAAUAACCCUGGAAAUUUGUAUUCCUCGUUCAAUUUGACUGUUACAAAGAGAACCAAGAAGACCUCCAUUCCCACUCGUUAAAGGUUUCUGAAAACAAUUUUUAAAAAUAAAGUAAAGAUACUUUCGAACUUGAAUUUAAUAAUUUUGGGAUAAAAAGGUUUUCAUCGAGUACUCUGCGAUGCAAAUUACUCUGUAAGAACAAUCUCUGAACGAUAUCAACGUUAUCGCGACGUAAUAGCGUCGUGCUAUCUUGUUUGUCUUCUAAACGCAGAAAAGUAGAAAGAAACGUGACUGCUGAAUGAAUAGGAAACGCUAACGUCGUCGAUUCAUGAAGCAAGAGCCGCGUUUUCGGAAGGGGGAACUCGAGAGACAGGUCGACGAGUCCCCCGAACACGCAAUCGUGGAAAUAUGUUAAUAUCGUCUAUCGGGCGGACUCUUCCGAGGAACAGGUGUUAUUUCUGAUUUCGUUCGCGGCGCAGACGUAACGGUUCGCCCAUCGGAAUACUAAUUGGGCCUGUACCCAUGGCGAACGAGACCGCGACGAAUAAUCUUCUCGAUCGUCGUCCUCGACGAAUGAUCGAUGGGGACCGCGUUUGAUCCAGACCAGGAGCGAGCAACGUGAAAUCGAACCGUCGAGACGCCAGGGCGACGCGCGCCUCGGAAGUGAUCCGUUCCACGAGGAAACGGAACGUAAAUCGCGACGGGACUGUGACAUAACAGAAAAACGAAGCAACUCGUCGCAUAAAUUAUGGUAAUCAAACGCGUCGAGGAAUUCCGACCAGUGACACGUACGUGAUCGGCAGAAAAAUGCGCGCGAGUCGUGUCCGAGGGCUUAGACGAGAGUAAGAGCCCGGUUAAAAUGGAGUUCUGCAAAGGCAGCAAAUAUCUGCGCGUGUUGCCGAGGGCCACCAGGCGGAUCGUGUGGACAUGGCGAAUGGAGAACGGUACGAUCGUGCGAGUCGCUGAAAACGACUCCAACGACGAUUGUCUGAUCGAGAUUGUCAACCUCUGCGUACCGGCGAUCGCCAUCCUCGUCGCUCUGAUCGCCUGUCUUUGCCGCAAGUGCGCCAAACGACGCAAAGCCUCCAACGGACUUGUUCCGUUUCACACAACCAGGACAUUGCUGUGCAUGUCGGUCCUGCUGGUGCUUUCCCUGGAGGCUUGCGAGUCCUUUCUGACGACCAUUUCGUUUUCGUCGAUCUUUACGAUCCUGGCGGUCGUCUCCUGCUGGAUCCUGCAUCGGAGGACCGAGAUCAACGGUGGCUUAGGAACUGCCUUCACGGCUGGAAUUUUAGCUGCGAUCAGCUUGUCGCGGGCGUGGAAGUUCAUCGCUUUGUCUGGGUACGAUUUGUCGAUCCAACACGUUCGAUUCGCGACGACGGCCAUCACCGCCGUUUUAUGCGGCUCCUUCGCCAUCUUGGAUUCUUACACGCUUUAUUUCACGACCAGACGAAGGCGGCGGUACCUCAUCAGACGAACGGAGGAAGCGUCGAUCGUUUACAGGCACUCCGAUUCUACUUUCCUCGACCGGAUCACCUUCCAUUGGGUGACCAACCUUCUGUCCAAGGGGUACAGCUCACCUUUGGAAGCGCACGACCUCGGGGAACUUCCCGAAGAGGAGACCACCGGGACGCAAUUUGAGAAAUUUCGGAGAAUUUACCAGAAACACAGGAAAGAAAAUGCGAGACUGUCCCUUUGGCGAUGUUUCUGGAAGCAAAUAUGGAGGCCAUUCGUCAUAGGAGGUCUUUUGAAGCUGUUAGGCGACGCCACCACCUUAGUUGGUCCGUUGACGAUUUCCAGGAUCUUGGACUACGUCUCUGCCUCUCAAAAUGGAACCACCAAUCACAGAACCUUUCGGAGCGUUAUGACGUUCUCCGAGAUACUACAAAAUGGCUACUUCCUCAGUCUGCUCGUGUUCGUCUUCGCCCUUCUGCAGAGCACUCUGAGCCAGGCCUCCACUCACAUCCUCUGCGUCGAGGGGGUCCGAUUGAAGACUGCUCUUCAGGCGUUGCUGUACGAUAAAGCCCUGCGUCUGUGCUCGUGGAGCAUCGACGAGGAGGAGAAUCCACGUGCAGAGAAGGACAAAGAGCAGCACAAGUCCUAUCGAGCUGGCGAUAUCGGUACCCUGACGAACCUCAUAUCGGAGGAUGCCUACAAUGUGAUGAGCUUCUUCUGGAUAGGACACUACACCUGGGCCAUCCCGUUGAAGAUCACGGCCAUAAUCUUCCUUCUCUACGGGAAACUGGGCGUCAGCGCGAUCAUCGGUGCCCUCUGUUGCAUAGUGAUGGUUACACCCGUGCAGCUGGUGCUCGGGAAAAAGAUGUCGGAGAACUUCAAGUUCGUCGCUAAAGGAAGCGACGCCAGAUUGCGGCUGGUGAACGAGGUUCUUCAAGGGAUGAGACUGGUGAAGCUCAGAGCCUGGGAGGACAUCUUCGAGAGGAAGAUAAGGAAAACGAGGAACGUCGAGUUGACGAUGCUGGACAGAGAUUCCUUGUAUUGGACCCUUAUCAAUUUCCUUACCCACGCAUCGUCGGUGCUCAUGACCCUCUUCACCUUUGCCGCCUACUUCUGGCUGGAAGAACGAAGCCUGGACGCUGGAAACGUUUUCGCCAGCUUAGCUCUGUUCUCCCAGCUCACCGUGCCUCUCCUGAUCUUCCCCGUGAUGAUCCCCAUAAUCAUCAACGCCAUGAUUUCCACGGUCAGGAUGGAAGAGUUUCUUCAGCUACCAGAGAUCGUGAACGUUCUCCCGGAUCCUGGCGACAAAAAGGUGGAUACAGUCGAAAACGGAUCCUCCCAUACGAACUCCGCCGACGAGGGUCCUGUAGAAGCCACGAAGGUGCCCAGCACCACGACCUUCGGAUCGCUGGACAAUAUCGAGGAGGACGAAGAGGAUGGGCAGCCAUGUUGCCUGACGGAGUUGAAGCUCGAUAUGGGCUCCUCCGCGGAUACGGUGUUCGAAAAGGACCCAGAGAUCCCUGUGCUCCAAAUUAGAUCUUGCACGUUCUCUUGGGGCACGGACGAAUGCCAACUGUCCAUCUCUGGGCUCAGCUUUCCACGCAGCCAGCUGACUUUGAUCGUAGGUAAGACAGGCAGUGGUAAGACAUCCCUGCUGUUGGGGAUGUUGGGAGAGAUCCAGAGCACGACUGGGACCAUCGAGUGGGCCAAAGACUCGAAGAUCGCGUACGUGGCCCAGAAGCCCUGGCUGUUGAACGCAACCUUGAGAGACAACAUUCUCUUCGGAUCACCCUACAGAUCCAGGAGAUACAGAAACGUGUUGAAGGCCUGCGCCUUGCAACCUGACGUCGACAUUCUUCCAGGCCACGAUCUGACUCGAAUUGGCGAAAAGGGGAUUAACUUGAGCGGAGGGCAGAAGCAGAGAGUGACCAUAGCGAGGGCUCUUUACAGCGACGCGGACGUCGUCGUCAUGGACGAUCCGCUGUCAGCGUUGGAUCACCAGGUAGGUCGACAGAUCUUCGAUCAAGGCGUCAGGAAGCUCCUCCUCAGAAACGGGCGCACGGUGAUCAUGGUCACCCAUCGAUUGGAAUUGUUGUCCACCGCUCAUCAGGUCAUCGUCAUGGACGGUUGUCGUGUUCGAGCCGUGGGUACGAAAUCAGCGAUCGAGGAUUCGGAUCCAGAAUUGGCGAGCGAAUGGAAAAAGGCGGCGACGAGGCAAACGGAUGGACGUCGCGCUUGCAAGACUGCCAAGGACAGGUGGUCUCUGGUCAGGCUGGUGUCCAGAAUCGGUAUCAACGUGAGGAACAAGCAGGCCAGCGAUGGAUCGUGGAUCACCGAUCAGGACGCUCACGUGAAUCCACCAGUGUUCGUGCCACUGAGAAUGCGACGAACUAUUCUUUCCGGGUCGAGGUACCUGGCCCCCGAUCUCACGGACCUGCCGGUGCCCAAAGAAGAGUGGAACAUCGCUAAGAAACCGUGCAAGUCGCACGGGAACGCCGUCAGGUCGUCCAGCCUUCAGCCCAGAAGACGACCGCCGCCUGUUCUCAGACAGAACAGCACUCCGACGAUACUCGAGAGUCAACACUUCGUUCCAAGGAAGCGGAACAAUACUUUCGAUAACGGGCAAUCCAGCGGCGUUUUCAGGCAAAUAUUUUCUGGCAGAAUUGUCAGCGUACAUCCUGACGAAUCCUCGUCGAACAAGGAGAAGAGCGUCCUGCGUAGGUUGAUACCGAGCAGUUCCAACAGACAAGUUCACUACAGCGUUAAAAAAGCCAAUCAACAUCAGGAGAGCGAGCAACCCCCGGACAGGCGACUGCUGUCGCAGAACUCCACGGAAACCAACGAACCCGACGAAAGGGAAGAAAAAAGCCACGAUGCGGAGGAACGCGAAGAGUACCAAGACAGGGGCGGAGUGGUCACCAGGACUACGUGCAUCGAUUACUCGAAAGCGGCUGGUUGGAUACCAGGCUUGAUUUACAUAGGCGUGGCAAUUUUCUGCCAGAUCCUUCGAGUCUACACGGAUCUUUGGCUGAGUCGAUGGACGGACCAGGACGAGGAGAGCUUCGACCAGGAAGACCAGGAUACCCUGUUCUACUUCAAGGUCUACAUAGCCCUUUCAAUGAGCUCCAUACUCCUAUCCUUCGUAUGCAAUGUCGUGGGCCAGUGGACAGGGGCCAGAGCGAGGAGAAAAUUACACGAGGAAGCGAUUUCCAGGCUGCUGAGGGUGCCCAUGUCGUUCUUCGAACGCAACCCUGUCGGCAAAAUUUUAAACAGAUUCAGCGCCGACACGGGCGUCAUCGACAAAAAAAUAUCCACGUCGAUCCAAAGACUGACGUUCUUCGUCCUGCUGUGCAGCUCCGCGAUAAUGGUGAACGUCAUCAUCUCGCCGUGGUUCCUCGUCGCUGCUCUGCCCACUUGCGGAGCCUAUUAUCUCGUCCAGAGGUAUUACAGACGCAGCGCGAGGCAUCUGCAGAGAUUGGACGGCAGUACUCGAUGGCCGAUCGCUACGCACUUCUCCGAGACCCUCAGCGGCCUGGCGACGUUGAGAGCUUCGAAGCAAGAGAAUCGCUUCAUGGACCAAGCGAUGGUGUGCCUGGAUGCCAACACGAACGCGUUUCUGCUUCUGAACGCGAGCAGUCGAUGGCUAGGCAUCGCCCUGGACUACCUAGGUGCCGUGAUAGUGGUCACGGCAACGUUCGCCGCGAUAAUCUCGGCCCAGCUGUACCCUAGUCGCGUGACGCCUGCACUGGUUGGACUAGCGAUUAAUUACACCCUCCUGGUACCGAUAUACCUAAACUGGGUGGUGAAAUUCACAGCGGAGAUCGAGAUGUACAUGGGCAGCGUCGCGCGAAUCUCUGCCUAUCGCUACGCCCCUGUCGAGAACUAUCAGCAAGAGGGCCUUCGGAUAUCCAAGGACUGGCCUAACAGAGGCGAAGUCACCUUCGAGAACGUUUCUCUGAGACACGACUCGCAGAGGGAGCCAGUCAUCUCGAAUCUGUGUCUGUAUAUCCCUGCGGGUCAAAAGAUUGGUGUUUGCGGGAGGACCGGAAGCGGAAAGUCCUCCACGGUGAUGGCGCUUUUUAGACUGUUGGAGAUCACUCAGGGCCGUAUCAUGAUCGACGGUGUCGACGUCCGUCGGAUUCCCUUGACUACGCUACGCUCGCGGCUAUCCGUCAUUCCUCAGGAUGUGAUCAUGUUCAGUGGCACGAUUAGAGAAAAUUUGGAUCCCCUCGCGGAUCACGAAGAUCGAGAGCUGUGGGAGGCGCUGGAAGUGGCGCAAAUCAAGGACGUCGUUGCCUCGCAUCCCGAAGGACUCGACGUCGAGGUGCGCGAGGGAGGUGAAAAUUUCUCAUCCGGGCAACUUCAGCUCCUCUGCAUGGCGCGAGCGAUACUCCGGAAGUCCUCCAUCGUGGUCCUCGACGAAGCAACCAGCGCGCUCGACGCAACCACCGAGAAAUCCCUCUUGAAAGCGGUUGCGACUGCUUUCGAGAACAAAACUGUGAUUGCUAUCGCCCAUCGCGCGGCAGCGUUAUUGGACUGCGACCGAAUAAUCGUCUUCCACGAGGGCGCGAUCGUCGAGGACGGCGCGCCGCAGGAUCUGAUGCAUCGGCAAGCUGGAUUUUUCGCGAAUAUGCUGAAAUCCACCGAGCAGAACGACUGAGCGGAGAGGGAGAAGAGAUCGUCGAAGGCGAACGGGGAAAUCGAGAGACUGGAGGAGACUACACUUAACGCGUUCGUUGUGCUUGAACGCGAUUAUUUAUUUUUGAUAAGGAAAAUAAAUGUGGAUCACAUACCAACACGAGAA